UUACCAGCAGAGGGAGAUGCUCUAUUGUUUACAGCUAAGAGGCAGCCUCUGAAAGUGGUUGCCUGGCAUUAGCAGUGGCUCGAGUAGCGGUCUCCUUUCGACAUACUGUUGGCCGGUGGCGCUUCUUUCAGGUUGUUGUCAGAACAGAAAAGGUCUGAAUGCAAAACCAGAGGGAGGGAAGCACUGGGUGGCACAUCUAAACCCCCCCCCACCUCUUUGUCAGAACACUUGUCAAAAGCAGUGAUUCAAAGUGCCAGACGUCAGUGAGAGACAACAGUCCUGGACGGGUUGCAGGGCAGUCUACUUAUGUCAGGUCGAAACGGGUCUGCCAACGAUGCAGACUGUCGAAUCUCGGAGGAAUGCCAUGUCCCAGCUGAUGUGGAGCUGAUGGAACUGGGACCACUUUUGGAGGAACCAGGGCCCUUGGUGGCUAACACACUCUUAUCAGAGCAGGUGGAAAGUGAUCUCGCAGUUGAGGACAAUGAUGACGAUGAGGUGGGUGAGGUUCUUACUCUUCCUCUGCAGGCUCAUCAUGCUAUGGAAAAGAUGGAAGAGUUUGUUCACAAGGUUUGGGAGGGCCGCUGGAGGGUUAUUCCUUUUCACGUUUUACCAGAGUGGCUUAAGGACAAUGACUACCUCCUGCAUGGACAUCGACCGCCCAUGCCCUCCUUCCGUGCCUGCUUUGGGAGCAUUUUCAGGAUCCACACAGAGACUGGGAAUAUUUGGACCCAUUUGCUUGGAUUGAUCUUGUUCCUGUGUCUGGGCACUCUCACCAUGCUGAGACCAAACAUGUACUUCAUGGCCCCCCUGCAAGAGAAAGUGGUGUUUGGAAUGUUCUUCUUGGGAGCAGUGCUUUGCCUCAGCUUCUCUUGGCUUUUUCACACAGUCUACUGCCACUCUGAGAAAGUGUCGCGCACCUUCUCCAAGCUAGACUACUCUGGCAUUGCUCUGCUGAUCAUGGGCUCAUUUGUACCCUGGCUCUACUACUCAUUCUACUGCUCUCCCCAGCCCCGCCUCAUCUACCUCACAAUUGUCUGUGUGCUGGGCAUUGCUGCCAUCAUUGUGGCCCAGUGGGAUCGCUUUUCCACACCUCGACACAGACCCACGCGAGCAGGAGUAUUCAUGGGCCUAGGACUGAGUGGUAUAGUCCCCACAAUGCACUUCACAAUUGAGGAAGGCUUUAUCAAAGCCACUACAGUGGGUCAGAUGGGCUGGUUCUACUUAAUGGGUGCCAUGUACAUCACAGGCGCUGGGCUGUAUGCUGCUAGAAUUCCUGAACGCUACUUCCCCGGCAAGUGUGAUAUUUGGUUUCAUUCCCACCAGAUAUUCCAUGUGCUUGUGGUGGCAGCAGCUUUUAUCCAUUUCUAUGGGGUGUCUAACUUGCAGGAGUUCCGCUAUGGGCUUGAGGGAGGCUGCACUGAUGAUACCCUCCUCUGAAACUUCUGAUACCACCAGUGUUCCCCCUGAAAAGCUGGAAAACAAGGACACCAGUACCCCCUUUCUCAUCCUUUGGUUUCACACACACAUUUUUUAUAUAUAUAUAUAUAUAUAUAUAUAUAUAUAUAUAUAUAUAUAUAUAUAUAUAUAUAUAUAUCCCACUUUUUAAAAUCCUUUACCCUAUUCAUAUAAUCCUGCAGGGGAUGUUUUGGAGAUUGCUCGUCUUACAAUACAAAGCCUCUCCAACUCAAGGAUGUGUAUUGCUCUUUAUUAGAGUGUGUUUUGAGUAAUAUGUAUAAUGGUGAAUAAGUAUUUCAAAGAAGUAUUACCCUGACAUCAAACACUAAAUGCAAUAUUUGUGGUUUAUUUUUAUCCUAAUGCACUUUCAAUCAAGCUGUAGAGCAGCCUUCCCCAUACUAAGCUGUAAUGUUUCUUUUAAUAGAACUAUCAUCAUACCACUUAAUGCACACUCUUUAUCUAUUGCCCUGUUUUGUUUUUUGAUGUUUUUUUAAUUAAUUAGUAGAAUCAUGUCUGUGUUUUGCUUAAAUCAUACUGACUAAAGAACGCACAAUGGGCAAAUGGGCAAGGGGGUGCAGUAUGGUAUAAUCAGUUGAGUCUUCUCACUUGACCCUAUUUUUUGACUUUACUACCAGGUCAAAUGGUAAAGUUAAUAGAAAUGUUGUUGCACAUUACUAUUUAAUAUUAAGAAUUAAAAACAUAAGCUACUGCCUGGGUGUAACAUCAGACAUGCAGUAUGUAAAAUAUAUACUUAUAGAAUUCCUGUGCCUUAGGCCAGUGGAAAUAGUUUUAUGUAGAUUGGCCAAAACUGCAGUCUGGUAAUCUUUGUUAGUCUCAAACAUAGGCAGACAUUUUCUUUUAAUUCGUAAUCACUUUAAGGGUCAGCCUUCUUUGAGUACUCUUCUCAAACUGCUGUUUAUUUAAACUAGUAUUUAAUCCUUUUUGAAUACACUGACUGUGGCUUUAUUACAGUCUAAAGACUAAACAGUUUGUUCAGUUGUUGUGUUCUUUGUAGAAGUGGGAAAUCAUACAUUUCACAACUGUUAAAUGUUAUAAUAAAUAUUUAUGAAUGUUUUUAAUGUUUUAAA